ACUAGCCUCUAAUAAGAAUCCCACCUCCCAAACAUCUACCUUGUGCUCUUCUUGAUGAAGCCUUUGGCUUUUCUCUCCUCCUCGUCCUCCUCCAAACUGCUAUGUACAACAAACCCACAACCCAUCAGAAGGAGAAAACGAAAAAAACAUCAAGCUGAUAAGAAAUCGGGCUGAGUGCAAGAAAGUGGCUGAAAGAUGAAUGAUCUCUUCUCAAGUUCGUUCAAAAGAUUUACAGACCUCAAGCCGCAGUCCUUUGAUGUUGAGGCUGGUGGGGAUGCUGGAAGAGAGAGUGUCAAUCUCGAAAAAUUCUUCGAAGAAGUGGAGAAUGUCAAGGAUGAUAUGAGAGCUGUGGAAAAUCUCUACAAGAAACUCCAAGAUUUGAAUGAAGAAAGCAAAACAGUCCACAAUGCGAAGACCAUGAAAGACCUUCGGGCCCGAAUGGAUACUGAUGUUGUGCAGGUCUUGAAACGGGUUAAAAUCAUCAAGGGGAAGCUGGAGGCCCUUGAACGCUCCAACGCCGCUAACCGCAACCAUCCAGGAUGUGGCCCUGGGUCCUCCGCAGAUCGAACCAGGACUUCUGUUGUUGGGGGACUGGGGAAGAAGCUCAAGGACAUGAUGGAUGAUUUUCAGAACUUAAGGGUCAGGAUGAAUGCUGAAUACAAGGACACAAUCGAGCGAAGGUACUUCACUAUAACGGGGGAGAAAGCAGAUGAAGAGACCAUCGAGAACUUGAUAUCGAGCGGAGAAAGCGAAACCUUCCUUCAGAAGGCGAUUCAAGAUCAGGGCAGAGGCCAAAUCAUGGACACCAUUUCUGAAUUGCAGGAGAGGCAUGGGGCGGUGAAGGAGAUAGAGAAAAAUCUGAUAGAGCUUCACCAAGUGUUCCUAGACAUGGCCGCACUGGUAGAGGCGCAGGGGCAGCACCUGAACGACAUCGAAAGCCAUGUAGCCCAUGCCAGUUCCUUCGUCAGAAAAGGCACCGAUCAGCUCCAGAUUGCGAGGAACUACCAGAAGAGCGGCAGGAAAUGGACCUGCAUUGCCGUUGGGCUAGCCAUUUGUUUGAUCAUUGUCAUCCUUUUCCCCGUCUUGAAGUCCCUUGAUGUGAUUCACUUGUAGGAAAAAAUACCCAUUAGCUCAUUAAUUCUUCCAUCCAUGCCUUCCAGAAAUUGCUGAACCCGGACACGGAGUCUCAGCCCAGUUUCCAAUUCCUUAUCUUCUUGGGUAAACCCUACACAAAUUAAUAGGACUGAUUCAUGGUUGGAUCAUAUGUGUCUGUAAUGGUGUUCUUCACCUCCUGCAACUCUGUAGAUACAUAGUUGUAAUUAAGCAAGGCAACAUCGUUUGAUUCAAGGAACCAAAAACUCUUGCAAACACCAAAUUUAGCCCGUUAAUUGUUAUCCAACUAAGGU